AUGCUUGAUUAUAAUGGCGUGGGUGGUUUAUCGGAUGAUGCCGUCCACAAAUUCAAAUCGAAGUUCAAUCCUACCGUGGGCGCUUACGUCACCGAGCUGCAUGAUAUCGUCAAGGUGCAAAUGGACAAGUUGUUUCACAAGCAUGAAGACUGGACAGAAGUCAAUAUAAAUGAUGGCAUCAUGGAGAUUGUGAGCAUCCUGUCGGCCAGGGUAUUCACAGGAACUGAAGCGAGCCAAAACGUUGAAUGGCUGGAGCUGGGACCAAGCUAUGUUACGAAUGUUCUCGUCUACAUCGAAGCUUUCAAGCGAUGGCCGAAGGUCCUACGCCCUCUUGUCAUGUUCUUCUUACCUCAGCGCCAGCUUAUUCGGCGACAAUGGCAACAAGCAAAAGAGUAUUUAGCUUCUACUAUCGCUAAACAUAAGUUGCAGCAACAGCAGAUAAACGACCCUCCUUCGCUGAUGGACUACUUCAUCAAUGACGAUAGGAUUGAUCUUGAAGAUAUGGUACGCCUCCAGAUGGCAAUCGUGGUUGCUGGAAUACAUACGACAUCCGCAUCGCUCACUCAGUUGCUAUAUGACCUGGCACCCUAUCCAGAAGGUAUCCCGGAACUGCGUGAGGAAAUUAAACAUGUAUACGUGGAGAAUGGCAGAGCAUUCAACAAAAAGGCGCUCAGUGAGUUAAAAAGCUCGAUAGCUGGAUGAAGGAGAGCCAGCGAUUUCGUGCUCCAGAUUUAAGUAGGUUACUAAACCACUUCCCUUUCCCGCCUAUUACACUAACACCCUGCUACUAGCCACUUUCCAACGCCUGGCCGUCGAUUCUCUGACUCUUUCGAACGGACUCUUCAUACCUAGAGGGACAAAGAUGGAGCUUCCCACGACCGCAAUACAAGUGGAUGAUCGAUUGUACGAGAAGCCGCAGGUUUUUGAUGGGCUUCGCUUUUACGAAGGCAGGCAGAAAGAGGGCAACGAAAAUAAACACCUUUACAUUAGUACUGGGAAGCUUGAUCUGGCCUGGGGAUAUGGGCGUCAUGCUUGCCCUGGAAGAUUCAUUGCAGACGUUGAGAUCAAACUCGUCAUGGCAGAGUUUCUAUUGCGGUUUGAUAUCCGAAACCCUGCCGGUCAACCCAGACAUCCAGAUUUGGAAUUUGAAUCUAAUGUAAGUUUCAACUUAAGAUUAGCGUACUCAUUAUCACUGACAUCGUGCACAAGCUUCUGCCGGACCCGGCAAAGACCGUCAUGUUAAAGAUUGCGAAGACACAUUAG